UUGGGCACGGUUGCAUUGUGGGGAGGGAGGCCGGGGCUCCACAGGGACGCACUCCUGGCACCACCAGCUGCUCCUCAGCCCCUGCCGGCGGCCCACUCAAGGCAAUGCCCCCCACAGCUGUCUUGUUCCCGUCACCACUGCCCCGGGGCAGCUGAAGUGAGGAGAUGUGCCUCCCUCUGUUGCUCCACUUCUCAACGGCCCCCGUGACGGCUCCCUGGCCUCCCUUCGGCCCCCACCUCCUGCUCGUGCUGCUGCUGCUAUGCCCACCGCUGCCCCUGGCUCAGGCCCAUCGCUUCUCUGCACUCAACACCACCUUCAACCACUUGGCACUGGCGCCCGGCCGGGGCACGCUCUAUGUAGGUGCGGUGAACCGCCUGUUCCAGCUUAGCCCCGAACUGCAGCUCGAGGCUGAGGCUGUCACCGGCCCUGUCUUCGAUAGUCCCGACUGCGUGCCUUUCCGUGACCCGGCCGAGUGCCCGCAGGCCCAGCUCACCGACAAUGCCAACCAGCUUCUGCUGGUGAGCAGCCGGGCCCAGGAACUGGUGGCCUGCGGGCAGGUGCGGCAGGGUGUGUGUGAGAAGCGGCACCUUAAAGACGUGGCCAAGCUGUUGUACCAGGCCGAGGACCCCGGUGAUGGGCAGUUUGUGGCCGCCAAUGCCCCAGGAGUGACCACAGUGGGUCUGGUGGUGCCUGCGCCAGGCCGGGACCUCUUGCUGGUGGCCAGAGGCCUGGCAGGCAAGCUGUCAGGAGGGGUGCCACCCUUGACUGUGCGCCAACUGGCUGGGCCACAGCCCUUCUCCAGCGAGGGCCUGGGUCGCCUCGUGGUGGGAGACUUCUCCGACUACAACAACAGCUACGUGGCAGCCUUUGCCAAUGCCCGCUCUGCCUACUUCGUCUUCCGUCGCCGUGGGGCCCGGGUGCAGGCCGAGUACCGCUCCUACGUGGCCCGAGUCUGCUUGGAAGAUGCCAACCUUUACUCCUACGUGGAAGUGCCCCUCAGCUGCCAGGGCCAGGGCCUCGUUCAAGCUGCCUUCCUUGCCCCGGGCACCUUGCUGGGGGCAUUUGCCGCAGGCCCAAGGGGGGCACAGGCGGCCCUGUGUGCCUUUCCCCUGGCUGAGCUGGACAGGAGCAUGGAGCAGGCCCGGCGCCUUUGCUACACAGCAGGCGGCCGGGGACCCAGUGGCAUGGAGGAAGCUACUGUGGAGUAUGGCGUCACUUCGCGCUGCGUCACCCUGCCCCCUGACUCCCCUGAGUCAUACCCCUGUGGCGAUGAGCACACCCCCAGCCCCAUUGCUGGCCGCCAGCCCUUUGAAGCCAGGCCUCUGCUGCAGCUCGGGCAACCCAUCAGUGCCAUCGCAGCCCUCCAGGUGGAUGGACACAUGGUAGCCUUCCUGGGAGACACUCAGGGCCAGCUGCAUAAGGUCUUUCUCAAUGGCUCCCAAGGCCAAGUGUACCACUCCCAGCAAGUGGGGCCUCCAGGCUCAGCCAUCAGCCCAGACCUGCUGGUGGACAGCAGCGGCAGCUACCUCUAUGUCCUGACUGCCCAGCAGGUGGACCGGGUACCUGUGGCAGCCUGCCCCCAGUUCCCUGACUGCACCAGCUGCCUCCAGGCCCAGGACCCACUGUGCGGCUGGUGCAUCCUCCAAGGCAGGUGUACCCGCAAGGGCCAAUGUAGGCGGGCAGCCCAGCCUAACCAGUGGCUGUGGAGCUAUGAGGACAGCCACUGCCUGCAUGUGCAGAGCCUGCUGCCGGCCCAUCACCCCCGCCAGGAGCAGGGCCAGGUGACAUUGUCUGUCCCCCGGCUGCCCACCUUGCCUAUGGAUGAAUACUUCCAUUGUGCCUUUGGAGACUACGACAGCUUGGCUCAUGUGGAAGGGCCCCAUGUGGCGUGUGUCAGCCCUCCUCAAGACCAGCUGCCACUUAACCCUCCAGGCACAGACCAUGUCACGCUGUCCCUGGCCCUGAUGUUUGAGGACGUGGUUGUGGCUGCCACCAACUUCUCCUUCUACGACUGCAGUGCUGUUCAGGCCUUGGAAGUGACUGCCCCGUGCCGCGCUUGUGUGGGCAGCCUCUGGCGAUGCCACUGGUGCCCCCAGAGCAGCCGCUGUGUAUAUGGCGAGCAAUGUCCAGAGGGCCAGAGGACCAUCUAUAGCACCCAGGAGGUGGACAUCCAGAUGCGUGGCCCAGGGGCUUGUCCUCAGGUUGAGGGCCUGGCGGGACCCCUCCUGGUGCCCGUGGGCUGGGAGAGCCGUUUGGCCCUGAGAGUAAGGAACCUUCAGCAUUUCCGAGGCCUGCCAGCCUCCUACCACUGUUGGCUAGAACUGCCCGGAGAACUACGGAAGCUAUCAGCCUCCCUAGAAGAGAUGACUGGGGAUGCAGGCCUCAUCUACUGCCAGGCCCAGCAGCUCCACCCCUCCAUGGCCCAGAGGGAGCUCCCAGUGCCCAUCUACGUCACUCGGGGCAAGGGCCAGCGGCUGGACAAUGCCGGCACUCUUCAUGUGACCCUGUACGACUGUGCCGUGGGCCACCCUGACUGCAGCCACUGCCAGGCAGCCAAUGAGAGCCUGGGCUGCCUAUGGUGCAGCCACGGCCAGCCUGCCUGUCGCUACGGGCCACUAUGCCCGCCCGGGGCCGUGGAGCUGCUAUGUCCCACACCCAGCAUUGACACAAUUGAACCUCUGACCGGCCCCCCUGAAGGUGGCUUGGCCCUCACCAUCCUGGGCUCCAACCUGGGCCGGGACUUUGCCGAUGUGCAGAAUGCCGUGAGUGUGGCUGGCCAGCCCUGCAGCCCCGACCCCUCUCUCUACCGCACUUCUGCCCGGAUUGUGUGUGUGACAUCUCCUGCCCCCAACGGCACCACGGGACCAAUCCAAGUGGCCAUUAAGAGUCGGCCACCCGGCAUCUCAACCCAGCACUUCACCUAUCAGGACCCCGUCCUGCUGAGCCUGAGUCCCCAGUGGGGCCCCCAAGCAGGGGGCACCCAGCUCACCAUCCAUGGGCAGCACCUCCAGACGGGAGGCAACGUCAGUGCUUUUGUGGGCAGCCAACCCUGUCCUAUCCAGGAGCCAGUGUGUCCUGAGGCCAUUGUGUGCCACACCAUGCCCCAGGCGGGGCCAGGAGAAGCUGUGGUUCGUGUGGUCUUUGGCCAUGCCCAGCGCACGCUGCUGGCCAUCUCUUUCCGCUAUACUGCCAACCCGCAGCUCAUGGCGGCAGAGCCCAGCGUCAGCUUCCGGGGGGGCGGGCGGCUGAUUCGAGUCAGGGGCAAGGACCUGAAUGUGGUGCAGCAGCCCCUGCUGUCAGUGUGGCUGGAGGCCACGGCAGAGGUGCAGGCUGUGGGAGCCAAGCCCCAGGACCGGAGGAGGAGCUGCAGGGCCCCUGCUUCAGCCCCUCAGGCUUGUGUCCAGCUUGAGGGGAGCUUACUGCAGUGCUCCACCGUCUGCUCCAUCAACUCCUCCAGCCUCCUCCUCUGCCAGAGUCCCGCCGUGCCAGAUGGGGCACACCCCCAGAGGGUCUUCUUCACCCUAGACAACAUGCACGUGGAUUUCGCCAGUGCCAGUGGGGGCCAGGACUUCCUAUACCAGCCCAACCCCCGGCUGGCCCCCCUCAGCCGAGAGGGGCCCGCCCGCCUCAAGCCGGGCAACGUCCUGGACGUGGAGGGCGAGGGCCUCAACCUGGGGAUCAGCAAGGAGGAGGUGCGCGUGCACAUCGGUGACGGGGAGUGCCUGGUGAAGACGCUCACGCUCACCCACCUGUACUGUGAGCCACCCCCACGGGCCCCGCAGCCUGCCAAUGGCUCCAGCACCCUGCCACAGUUUGUGGUGCAGAUGGGCAACCUGCGGCUGGCCCUGGGCCCGGUCCAGUAUGAGGCUGAGCCCACACAGUCUGCCUUCCCUGUGGAGGCCCAGGUGGGACUGGGCAUGGGUGCUGCUCUGCUGACCGCCGCCGUGCUCCUCCUCACCCUCAUGUACAGGCAUAAGAGCAAGCAGGCUCUGCGAGACUACCAGAAGGUUCUGGUGCAGCUGGAGAACCUGGAGAUUGGCGUGGGUGACCAGUGCCGCAAGGAGUUCACAGACCUGAUGACCGAGAUGACUGACCUCAGCAGCGACCUGGAGGGCAGCGGGAUCCCCUUCCUGGACUACCGCACAUACGCCGAGCGAGUCUUCUUCCCUGGGCACAGUGGCUGCCCGCUGCAGCCCAUGUUCGAAGGGCCAGGGGAAGAGGGCCACCGUGCCCCUGUGCGCCAGGGCCUCACGCAGCUCUCCAAUCUGCUCAACAGCAAGCUUUUUCUCCUCACACUCAUCCACACGCUGGAGGAGCAGCCCAGCUUUUCUCAGCGGGACCGCUGCCACGUGGCUUCACUGCUGUCCCUAGCAUUGCACAGCAAGCUCGAGUACCUGACCGACAUCAUGAGGACACUGCUUGGCGACCUGACCGCCCAUUAUGUGCACAAGAAUCCCAAGCUCAUGCUGCGCAGGACAGAGACCAUGGUGGAGAAGCUGCUCACCAACUGGCUGUCCAUCUGUCUCUACGCCUUCCUGAGGGAGGUGGCUGGUGAGCCAUUGUACAUGCUCCUCCGGGCCAUCCAGUACCAGGUGGAUAAGGGCCCUGUGGACGCUGUGACAGGCAAGGCAAAACGGACCCUGAACGACAGUCGCCUGCUGCGGGAGGAUGUGGAGUUUCGGCCCCUGACGCUGAUGGUGCUGGUGGGCCCCGGGGCUGGCGGGGCUGCAGGGAGCAGCGAGGCACAGCGCGUGCCUGCCCGGGUGCUCGAUACAGACACCAUCACCCAGGUGAAGGAGAAGGUGUUGGACCAAGUCUACAAGGGUACCCCCUUCUCUCAGAGGCCUGCCGUACACACCCUAGACCUUGAGUGGCGCUCAGGCCUGGCUGGUCACCUAACCCUGUCUGACGAGGACCUGACCUCGGUGACCCAGGACCACUGGAAGAGACUCAACACUCUACAGCACUACAAGGUCCCGGAUGGGGCCACAGUGGGGCUCAUCCCCCAGCUGCACAACAGAGGCACUGUCUCCCAGAGCCUGGCCCAGAGCUGUCCCUCCAGGGAGAACAUCCCCAUGCUGGAGGAUAGUGAGGAGGGUGGGGUCCGCCUCUGGCACCUGGUGAAAGGCACUGAGGAGCCAGACGGGGCCAAGGCGCGGCGCAGCAGCCUGCGGGAACGGGAACGGGAGCGGGCACGGGCCAAGGCCAUUCCAGAAAUCUACCUCACCCGCCUGCUCUCCAUGAAGGGCACACUGCAGAAAUUUGUAGAUGACACCUUCCAGGCCAUCCUCAGCGUGAACCGGCCCGUGCCCAUUGCUGUCAAGUACCUGUUUGACUUCCUGGAUGAGCUGGCAGAGAAACAUGGCAUCGAGGACCCGGAGACCUUACACAUCUGGAAGACUAACAGCCUGCUGUUGCGGUUCUGGGUGAACACCCUGAAGAACCCACAGCUCAUCUUUGACGUGCGGGUGUCGGACAACGUGGACGCCAUCCUCGCCGUCAUCGCCCAGACCUUCAUUGACUCCUGCACUGUCUCAGAGCAUAAAGUGGGCCGGGAUUCCCCGGUGAACAAACUGCUCUACGCCCGGGAGAUUCCUCGCUACAAGCAGAUGGUGGAGAGAUACUACUCCGACAUUCGCCAGAGCUCUCCAGCCAGCUACCAGGAGAUGAACUCAGCUCUGGCUGAGCUCUCGGGGAACUACACCUCUGCUCCCCACUGUCUGGAAGCUCUGCAAGAGCUCUACAACCACAUCCACAGGUAUUAUGACCAGAUCAUCAGUGCCCUGGAGGAGGACCCUGUGGGCCAGAAGAUGCAGCUGGCCUGCCGCUUGCAGCAGAUCGCCGCCCUGGUGGAGAACAAGGUGACUGACCUGUGAGCUCAGGCCACAGCGGGCACCCGAGGCCCACCAGCUUGGAGAGCAGCAAGCAGGACCUGCUACCACAGUGCCUUAUGGCCCCUGGAUCGAGCCAGCGACCGGAAGAGGGGCCGGGAGAGGCGGGGGAGGGGAGGGGCGUCCCUGACACCUCUGCCCCCACUCCGCCCUUCCUCCCCCUCCGGGCUUCUUUCUAAUUUAUAGUGAUCCUUCCCCUUCCCCUCCCCCCACAUUGUAUUUAUUUGCUUGCUGGAGAAUUGCUUCUGGAAAUAAAAUAGAAAUCUGUCUUUUUAGUAAAAGCCCAAUCCCCAGUCCCUGCCUUCCCCCUGGAGUCUACACAGCCCUCUC